AUGGCCACUAAGAAGAAGAUCCCGCUCGCCUGUGGGAUCCGCAUCCCGAUGUCGAUCUGCGCCAUCCAUGGACAACCGACAGCCGUGGUCAAGAGGCGGUGUACGGAAGACGGCCUCACCGCGGCCGCUGAAGACUAUAAUUCGGCGGCCGUCGAACGUAAGGAUAUAUUAUUAUAUUUAAAAUGUAUAAAUCUAAUCGAACAAAUUAUUUUCAGGAGGCCAGUCGUAGCUGAGCCGCCGGGACGACGGCAGACGUGCUGCCACCAAACGAGCGUAGAGCCACUGGACCCACCGCCAAAAGUCGAAAUGAGUGAUGCCCCGGAGGAGGAGAAAAAAUGUAAGGAUAUAAUAUGAAUACUUUAGAUAAUAACACUUUUAUUAAUAAUUUUAAUCAAACAUAUUAGUUUCAUGUACCGAGAGCAGAACAGAAGCCAAGGAGAAGUUUUUAACAGGAACAUUUUUUCUCAAUAAACAAUUUUCUACGUUUAUUCGUUAUGUUUUUUUCAGAUGUUUAAUAAACUAAUAACCUCAAAACAUGACUAUUUCAUUUACAAUUAUAUUUUAUUUUCCUUUUCCUUUCCAACUGGAUUUUUAAAUGAAUAUGUGUGUACUGCGCGUACGGUAUGGAUGAUUUUUUUAAUUUCUGUUAGUUACCAAUACUAUUGCAACACAAUAAAUUAUAUUUGUGGUGUGUGGAUCAAAUAAGAUUAAUAGUUAUAAGGGUUCUAUGGAUGUCGGUGAAA